AUGGCACUUGAAGACCAUGGUUGCCUUCCAUGGCAGGAACCAGCGUGCUUGCUGCUGUUGGUGUGGCUGCCUCAGGCCCCUACUUUUCAUUGUAGUCCGAUCCUCUCAGCAUACCGGCUUCCUCAAUCCACACAUCACAUUGGAGCGACACUCACAUCCAACAUGCCACAACAAGACCGUUUCCCCCUGUCAGCAGAAGGCACUGAUGGAGAGAUGUCGACCUUGAUAAGGGAACUCUUGCUGAGGCAGAGUCCAGCCGAGACCACUGGAACGCCAAAGUCCUCAUAUGAACUAUGGCACUAUACUUUAUUCUGUGAGAUCGAGGCUGGCAAGGCCAAAGUGGCCCGGUUGUUGGUCCCUAGUGGGCAGUCACUCAUUGACCGUUUGGCCUCGAUGGCCAAGGAGGAGGAGAAGGACAACGAGUAG